AUGCCCAGAUUCACAGCACUGCUAUUUAAUCGACGGAACCUGAGUCUUGGACGCCGCCGCGCCCAGAGCGGCCAAGCAGCGACUGCAACCGGCUGGCUGGAAGGGGCGGGUGUAGGCGUUCGUGCGCGUCACUUCCGGUCGGCUCUAAUUGGCGGAGCGGCGGGGCCCUGCGGCCGCUCGGCUGCGGCGCUGAGCCCUGGAAUGCCUGGGCAGCGGCUCGUGAUGGCCACAGAGCUUCUAUUUGUGCAGCCUCAGGCCACAGUGACCUUUGAGGACGUGGCUGUACUCCUUUCACAGGAGGAGUGGGGUCAUCUGGGUCCUGCUCAGAGGGGCCUCUACAGAGAUGUGAUGCUGGAGACCUAUGGGAACCUGAUGUCGCUUGGAGCAGGACCUGCAGGUCCAAAACCCGGGAUAAUCUUACAGCUGGAACAUGGAGAUGAGCCAUGGGUCCUGGAUAUUCAGGGAGCCAAGAGGAGAAUUGACAGCUCAGAUUGUAGGACCAACAUGGAAUUCCAAGAGUUGACUUCAGGAGAGAUGUUUGAUGAACAACAGCAGGAUAGACGCAGAGGGACUAUUUCUCGGGGAUUUGACCUAGGACAAGACACUGAGCCUUGUAGGGAUCCGGAGGAAUGUCCGGAAAGGCUUGCAGGGCAGAAAUCCCCUCGACCAGUAAUGGUGACAGUAGAGGAGAGUGGCCGAGAGUCUGGGGAGUGCCUCAUGUUGGGGUCAAGCCCUGUCCUGGGUCAAAGACCCUAUAAAUGUGAUAUAUGUGAGCAAAGCUUUGAACAGAGAUCAUACCUCAACAAUCAUAAGCGUGUACACAAGUCAAAAAAAGGAAAUACAGUUCCUGAUUUUGGGAGGAUCUACAAUGCAAAUUCAAUUGCUAAUGAAGAUCAGAAAAUUCCUGUUGGGAAAAAAUUGCAUUGCUGUGGGUAUUGUGGGAAAACCUUCAGAUACACUGCUAACCUUGCUAAGCAUCAAUGGCUUCAUAGUGAAGAGAAGCCCUACAAGUGUGAUGAGUGUGGUAAAGCCUUCAGCCAGAGCUGUGACUUCAUCAAUCACAGGAGAAUGCACUCAGGAGAGAUCCCUUACAGGUGUGGUGAAUGUGGGAAGACAUUCAAUAGGAGGCCCAACCUCAUGAAGCACCAGAGGAUUCACACUGGGGAGAAGCCCUACUGGUGUGGUGAGUGUGGGAAACACUUCAGUGCCUACUCUUCUCUUAUUUAUCACCAGAGAAUUCACACUGGAGAAAAACCCUAUAGGUGUAGUGACUGUGGAAAAGCAUUCAGUGAUAGCUCAAUCCUUAUCCGACAUCGCCGGACUCAUACUGGAGAGAAACCAUUUGAGUGUAAAGAAUGUGGAAAAGGCUUUACCCAAAGUUCUAACCUUAUCCAACAUCAGCGGAUUCACACAGGUGAGAAACCCUAUAAAUGUAAUGAAUGCAAAAAAGCCUUCAUCCAAAAAACCAAACUCGUUGAACAUCAGAGAAGCCACACUGGAGAGAAACCCUAUGAAUGUCAUAACUGUGGCAAAGUCUUCAGUCAGAGCACACAUCUUAUACAGCACCAGAGGAUCCACACAGGAGAGAAGCCGUACAAGUGCAAUGACUGUGGGAAGGCUUUCCACAACAGUUCCAGACUCAUUCACCACCAAAGGUCACAUCAUGGAGAGAAGCUGUACAAAUGCACUGAUUGCAAAAAGGCCUUUAGUCAGAGGACUUACCUUCUACAGCACCAGCGGAUCCACACAGGAGAGAAGCCCUACAAGUGCAGCGAGUGUGGGAAGGCCUUCCGCCACAGCUCCAAUGUGUUUCAGCACCAGAGGAUUCACUUCCAGAAAGCCUUCUCCCGGUAA